AUGGUGUUUUGGCCGGGGGUCAAACAACGACAGAGAUCUGCACGCCAAAACAAUCAAAAAACCGUUGCAAAAAAAGAACCUUCUGGCACAAUCUGUCAAAUGCCCGCAGGAUCGCUGCCUUGA